GGCUUGGGAAAACCAGCUUUUCCUCAUGCUACAGCCCCCCGGCAUCACUGCAAGUCCCCCGGCUGCAGCUCAGGCAGUGGUGCAGGAACACGAGCUCCAUCGAGAUGACAUGUCCCUCCCAGCAGUUGAUGCCGUGGCCAGUAUCCUGCCCGGAAAGCAGCCAUUCCCACAUGGAGAGCAGAGGUCCCAGGAGAAAUUUGGAGAUCGCCAGGAGCUGGAUGUGGGCAGCUACUGCCUGGCACUGAAGCGGAUGGCAGGGGACCUCCUGUCCCUGCGCCGGCACGUCACCAGCCUGGAGGUGGAGAACGAGCACCUGCGGGGCAGCCUGGCCUCGCAGCAGGAGCUGGGCCACACUCUGCUCCACGACGCCGACCUGCACGUCAUGACCCGGGAGGAGCUGCUGGACAGGCUCGCCACCCUCAAGCACCAGCUGGUGGCCAGCACAGCAGAGAUGAGGAGACUGAAGGAUCGCGUCCAGCAGCUGCAGAAUGAGCUGAUCCGGAAAAAUGACCGGGAGAAGGAGCUGGUGCUGCUCCAGCGAGCCCACCGGCUGCAGCAAGCCAUGCUGAGGAGGUGCCAGGAUAAGGUGGCCAAGGCAAAGGGCUUGGAGGAGACUGUGCAGCAGCAGGAGAAGGUCAUCCAGGUGAUGGAGCGGGUGCUGCAGGAGAAACUCACCAGGGCAGGCAGGAGCACGGAAAAGCCGGCAGGUGAAGCCCUCUCCGGGGAAAUGCACACCGCGCUGCUGGCCGAGAACCGCCGGCUGCGGGAGGAGCUGGCGAGGGCCGCCCACCCUGUAGCCCCCAUCGCCCCGCGGCCCCCAGCCCUGCCGGGUGUUUUGGGGGGCACGGAGAAGCUGUCUCUGCUGGCCAGGCUGGAGGAGGCACAAGCCCGCGGGCGGGUGCUGGACAGGCAGCUGGAGAAGGCAGCGAGGAAGUGGGGCCGGGAGAAGCAGGAGCUCGGAACUCGUCUGCUGGAGCAGGAGAAUGGCUUCCCCCACCCCUCGAACCUGAUUGCAAUGUCCACGGCCCCCCGGAGAAGACCCCACACUCUGCCCCCCCUGCCCUAACCCGCGCCCGCUGAGAGAGACGGAGAGACGCAAUG